AUGAGGGUCGAGGUCGUCGCCUGCAUGAUGUGCACCACCACAUUGAUCAUCGCGUACCCGAUCAGGAGCGCGUCGAUGGUCGUGUACAUGUCCCAGGACGCGAGGGUGCCCCUGUUCAGGAUCACGGUCUGCGCACGAUGCUCAUCACGACUGCCUCGUGUUGAUGGCGAUAACGUGAAGGUGCCCAUGUGCAUCGGCGUAUCCAUGGUCCACACCUGGUGCGCCUACAAGAACGGCUGCGAGUACAUGACCACGACCCUGAAGGUGAACAGCAUCGGCAACGCCUACGUGAUCGAGCCGUUGUCGACGAUCGAGGACGACACCACCCGGAGCAUCACCAUCGAAUGCCUGUCCAGGGACACGGAGCUGUCCGCGACGCCCAACGUCCUCAUGACCGAGUUCACGUUCGAGAUCACGCUCAAAACCACGAGCGUCACCGCCGGCUGGUACAGCACCAAGAACAUGGCCACCAACACGUACAACGGCGAAUCCGCGACCAUUUGCGCCGUCGGGAGGUGCCUCAUGUGCAAUGGCAUGAUCAUGAGCUGGCUUGUGGACAAGAGGGAGGCGGCGGUCCUCAUCAGACGGAGCAACACGUUCGCGUUGGUGUGGAACAUCGCGUGCAGCGUCUGCAAGAUGAACCAGAAGACGCCCGUCAACCCGAGCGCGGUCAGCAUCACCCACUUGGUCGAGUUCAUCGCCGACCGCGCGGGAUGCUCGCCGGGGAGGGUGACCACCGCGUGCGAGGGCGCGUGCAUCGACGUCCGCACGUUCAUGGACAUGUUGCCGGACGGCAGCGCCAUCAUGUACCUACACAUGCCCGACCACGGGUGCGCCGUCAUGAACUUCUGCGGGGGCAGGAACUACUACACGUCGGGGGACACCUACGACAACAGGGACAGCGACAGCUACACGUACGAGAGCGCGAACGGGACCAUGUACGGCGAGACCUACACGGCGUGA